CGUAAUUUUCUGUCAGUUUUUUGACAGAAUUUAAAAACAUUACGUUCGUUGCAAGAAUGCAUUUUGGUUUGUAGGAUCGGUUUUUUAAAUGAUAACAGAUAAUAAUGCAAUAUGGUUUAAUGAAAACCUACAUAUAUUGUAUAACCUUAGAUGUCAUUAAAAAGGAACAAUUUAGUGACGUCUACAAAUAACGAAAGCACCACUAGUUUGUUAUUCAAUGAAGAAUCAUACUUAACUGGAGAUUUGGAAAUUUAAUGCGAUUUAAUAAAAUUAAAUGCCAAUACAAUGCGUAGUAUGCAGCAUAAUUUAAAUUUAAUGGAGGCAGUAAAAGUUAAAAUGAAAAUUUCUUUGAGAUUUUCUGAAAACACGAAAUUCAACGGAAUUAAGAGAAAAAGGGUUGAUGUUUUAAAUUCAAGUACACCUAAAAAGAACACAUCUAUAAAUAAACCAACAAGUGAUUCCAAUAAAGAAAACACAUGGGAAGAAAAUAACAUUAGAAAAGACACAACUUCCGCCAAAAAACCCAGACAAGAAAAACCUAAACAUUUCACUCCCUUAAAUAAUCAUUCCCAAAUUAAUAGAACUUCUUUGCAGGUUGAUGUUUUAAAUUCAAGUACACCUUAUAAGAACACAAGUGACUCCAAUAAAGAAAACAUAUGGGAAGAAAAUAACAUUAGAAAAGACACAACUUCCAACAAAAAAACCAGACAAGAAAAACCUGAACAUUUCAGUCCCACACGUAAAUCCACAAGAAAAUCACCACCUCCCAGAAAUAUUUUUGAUACAAAAGUUUAUUCUUACCAAAAAAAAACAACUGAACAAAAAAAACAUAAGAACAUUAAAAAAGAAUCUAACAAUGAUUUCAAAAUAACAAGUUCCACUAAAAAAUAUAAAAGAACAAAACCUGAAUUCACAUUUGACAAUCUACAUUCCACAAAAAUAGAAUCUCUCAAGAAUGUUGCACCUGAAAAUUCUACCAAUGAAGUAUCAAUCACAGCAUCCACUAAAAAACUUAAAGAAUAUUAUAACAAAACAGCAGACAACACUUCCACCAAAAGCCCCAAACAACCUAAACAUUCCACUCCCACACGUAAAUCUACAAGAAUAUCACUACCUCCCAGGAAUGUUUAUGAUACAAAAGUACUUGUUUAUUUAUACAAAAAGGAAACGACUGUACAACAAAAACAUAAUAACAUUAGAAAAGAAUCUAACAAUGAAUUGACAAUAACAAGUUCCACUGAAAAAUAUAAAGGAACAAAACCUGAAUUCACAUUUGACAAUCUACAUUCUACAAAAAUAGAAUCUCUCAAGAAUAUUGCACCUAAAAAUUCUACCAAUGAAGUUUUAAUCACAGCAUCUACUGAAAAACUUAAAGAAUAUUAUAACAAAACAGAGCACAACACUUCCACCAAAAACCCCAAACUACCUAAACAUUCCACUCCCACACGUAAAUCUACAAGAAUAUCACCACCUCCCAGGAAUGUUUAUGAUAGAAAAGUACUUAUUUAUUCUUACAAAAAUGAAACAACUAAACAACAAAAACUUAAUAACAUUAGAAAAGAAUCUAACAAUGAAUUGGCGAUAACAAGUUCCACUAAAAAACAUAAAGGAACAAAACCUGAAUUCACAUUUGACAAUCUACAUUCUACAAAAAUAGAAUCUCUCAAUAAUGAUGCACCUGAAAAUUCUACCAAUGAAGUAUCAAUCACAGCAUCUACUGAAAAACUUAAAGAAUAUUAUAACAAAACAGAGGACAACACUUCCACCAAAAACCCCAAACAACCUAAACAUUCCACUCCCACACGUAAAUCUACAAGAAUAUCAGUUCCUCCCAGGAAUGUUUAUGAUACAAAAGUCCUUGUUUAUCCUUACAAAAAAGAAACAUCUAAUCUAAGCAAAAGUCUGCAAGUAAAAAGAAAAAUAAUAAUUGGUAAUGAACAAGCUUCAAAAUCAAUGAUUUCUAAAAGGCAACUUUAUUCAGCUUCUGUUUGGCAUCAAUCACAGGAAUAUAAAAAAUUUGUAGAUGAAAUUUCAAUGACUAAUGGACAAAAUAUUUUUAAGUCACCAUCUAUAUUUCUUUGUAAAGCCUAAGAUUUAUAUUAAAAAACAUUAUUUACCAAAAUAUUUUUUUACCAUUACUAUUAUUGUACAAUUAACGUUAAUAAAAAAAGUUUUAAAAGA